UUAUUAUUUUAUUUCUUUGCACAUAACAAGUCUAUUCUCUACCAAAAGUACCGGUUCAUGUGCGAUUUGAAUUUGGCGUAUAAAGGUCGCUGGAUCUCCGUAUCUGUCUGUGUUUUCUGUUUUGUUUUUCGUGUUUCUUUCUCUCUCUGAAAAGCUAUGGAUACUCGUGUAAAGCAAGAGUUACUGGAGAAUUCUAGUGCGGCGCAGAGGAGCGCAAGAGAAGGCUACGUUCCGAGGAAACCUUUCACGGUGAUCGAACUCAGUAGCAGUAGCGAUGGCUCGGACUCCGACUCAGACAACGACGACGCCGUUUCGAGGAAGAGAGCAAGGGUUGAGGAGAAGGAGAAGGAGAUGAAGACGAAGACGCUGGACGAGUUGGGGGUGGUUUUGCCGCCCAGAUUUCUCCAAUCGCUUCCGCCUGCGGAUGCGGGGUUGGCGCUGACGAUUCCGGAAACGAACGAAUUCGUCGGAGUUAGCGCCUGGAGCGGGCAGAGCUCCUGCAAGCAGUUCUGGAAAGCUGGAGACUAUGAAGGCGCUCCGUCUAGUGAGUGGGGUUUGUCUUCGGUUGGCAUUGAUCAUGUCAGGGUGCAUCCGAGAUUUCUACAUUCCAAUGCGACCAGUCAUAAGUGGGCUCUUGGAGCUUUUGCGGAGCUUCUGGACAAUGCAUUGGAUGAGGUCUGCAAUGGUGCUACGUAUGUUACUGUAGAUAUGGUUUUAAAUAAGAAAGAUGGGAGCAGGAUGUUGCUGAUUGAAGAUAAUGGUGGUGGGAUGGAUCCAGAUAAAAUGCGACAAUGCAUGUCGUUGGGAUAUUCUGCUAAAAGCAAAGUUCCAAAUUCCAUUGGACAAUAUGGAAAUGGUUUUAAGACGAGUACUAUGAGGCUUGGAGCAGACGUGAUUGUCUUCUCGCGUUGUUGUGGGAAAGAUGGAAAACGGCCUACGCAGAGCAUUGGGUUACUGUCCUACACGUUCUUGAGGAGCACAGGGAAGGAAGAUAUUGUAGUUCCCAUGCUUGACUAUGAAAGAAGAGGACAAAACUUCGACAAGAUUAUACGAUCUUCUCAUGCGGAUUGGAGUAAAAAUGUAGAAACAAUAGUUCAAUGGUCCCCGUUUUCUAGUGAAGCAGACCUUCAAUGUCAGUUUAACCUGAUGGGAGAUUGUGGCACACGGAUAAUUAUCUACAAUCUCUGGGAAGAUGACCAAGGACUGUUGGAGCUUGAUUUUGAUGCUGAUCCUCAUGACAUUCAAAUCAGAGGCGUCAACCGAGAUGAGAAGAAAAUACAAAUGGCUCGAGAGUAUCCAAAUUCUAAGCAUUUCCUGACUUAUCGACAUUCAUUAAAGAGUUAUGCUUCGAUUCUCUACUUGAGGCUUCCUCCAGGCUUUCGAGUUAUUCUUCGUGGGAAAGAUGUGGAGCACCACAGUAUAGUGAAUGACAUGAUGCUGUCUCAGGAGGUUAUAUACAGGCCAAAUCCUGGUGCUGAUGUGGUCUCAAAGAAUUUGAAUAUGGUUGCUGUCGUGACUAUUGGAUUUGUUAAGGAUGCAAAACAUCAUAUUGAUGUUCAAGGAUUCAAUGUCUACCACAAGAAUCGGCUUAUAAAGCCAUUCUGGAGGCUUUGGAAUGCUGCAGGAAGUGGUGGUCGUGGAGUUAUAGGCGUAUUGGAAGCUAAUUUUGUUGAACCGGCUCAUGAUAAGCAGGGAUUUGAGCGCACAACAGUUCUUGCAAGACUUGAGGCACGAUUAAUACAGAUGCAAAAGAAUUACUGGUCUGCUAACUCUCACAAAAUUGGUUACAUUCCAUCGAAAAAUAACAAACUUGGAAAUAAACCUGCACAGAGAGAAACUUCUCCUUGCCCGAAUAAGUCUGCUGCUGCCGCCUCAGGCAGCAAGACCCCACUUUCAGUAUCAGAGAAAUAUUCUUCAAGGUCAACUCAGAAGCAUGGAAGAAAAGACUCGGAAAAAUUUCAGGGAUAUGGUAAUGGGCAUUGGUCAGGUGAAGAGAAAAAUAGAACAAAAACACAUCCAAAAUCUGAAAAAAGACGGUUUUCUUCGGAGCCAUUGUCAUCACCUUCUGCUGAAAAUGUAAGUGAUGAGGACAUGCAUAUAGACCUACCUGAAAAACAAGACACUGGCAGUGGUCGUAAGACAUUCAUUGCUACGAAAUCAUUCAGCAAAGAUGGCUUGCAUAUGACUAGGUCAUCUUCAUGCAUGGACGAGAUGGAAUCCCAGCAAGACUGUGCAUCAGGUGGAAGCAAGCUUCAUACCUCCACACAAUCCCCAUCAAGUGGUGGUGAUAUUAAAUGUUGUCCACAUUCGCUUUCGGACUCUGAUUUACGCACUCUGGAGCUGUUGAAAGAAGAGAAUCAUGAGUUGAGGAAAAGAUUAGAGAAAAAGAAUGGAGAGGUUUUGGGGGAAUUGCUGGAUGACUUGCAACGGGAAAGAGACAGGUGUAAAUCUCUUGAAACUCAGCUCCGAACGGCGCAGCAAAAGAUUGAGGAAUUGAACAACGAACAAGAAAGUCUAAUAGACAUAUUUGCAGAGGAGAGAGAUCGGAGGGAUAAUGAGGAGAAAAAUAUGAAAAAGAAGUUACAGGAUGCAAAUAAUACCGUCGAAGAGUUGUUUGAUAGGAUAGCGCAGCUUGAAAAAAGGUAGUCUUCUGAGAGCAAACCGGAAGUUUGAGAGCACUAACGCCACCAUGUUUGCACAGGAAGGUUACAUGAGUGUAUUGAACGUGAUGGUCCCACUUCAUUUUUGGGUUAUAGAAUUGAAUUGGCUAUAUCAGCAUUUAAAGAUUUUGUUAGAUGUAGUCAUUAAUUUGUAAAGUUGGCUGACCGCUGGCUGGGCUUUUGUAGUGUGGACAGAUAUGUAAAGAAAAGGGAGGAAAUGAGUUUCUGGGGUUCCUUAUUUUGGGGUUGCCAGCCAUCAAUGUUGGUGUCAAAUUUUGAGUCUGAAGCAGAAUGGGCAUGACAUGUGAAUGUAAUUAUGUGAGUUCCAGAUGAAAUGAGUAUAUACGCUUAUGAAGUAAUUGGUGUAAA